AUGCGGUUUUCAAGCACUUUGAGGGCAAACCAAGUGGAUGAGUGGAAAGAAAGCUAUGUUUCAUACGACAUUCUAAAGCCUAUGAUAACCGGAAACAAGAACGGAUUCAAGGUGGGAAUAGAAAAGAACUUGGCAGCAAUAAACGACUUCUUUUUUAUGCUUGAAAAACAGGCUGUUGCCGAGAAGAACGAUAUAUUUGCUGACGUGAGCAUAAACCUCGCAGAGGGCAUCUCGCAGAACGGCGAUGCACACAUAGUAAGCAAGAAUGCAAAGCAUACGUUUCUAAGCGACACACAUAAGGCAAGAAAUGUUAAUUUGGGCGGCAAGCUGGCCAUAAGUCAAAGUACCGAUGAAAAUCCAAUGACGGACGAGGAUGAUUUGGAAUGCAAGUAUGCUCCACAGAAAGACACCGAGAAAAGAUUCGGAGGCAUAUUCAAAAUCCCAAAGCAGCUUGAAAGACGAAAGCGAGAAAAGAACAUACAGGAGUUUCUCCAUGCAGUCAUCGGCAUCAAGAGAUUCAGAGAGCUCAACUAUACAGGGCUAAUGAAGCUUUCCAAGAAGUAUGGCAAAACCUAUCCUUCCGAGGGAUUCCACAAAUCAUUUUCAAAAAAGAUCGACGGAUCAUACUUCAGCAAGUCGAAGCGCAUCGAUGAAGUUUAUUCGUCUAUAAAGGAACUGUACAAGACUGUGUUUGCAAGGAACGAUCCUGGAAAAGCACGGACUGUGUUCAGAAAGCUCAAGAGAAAAAACACAAGCAAUCCAAUUGCUUUGUAUGCAUCGGGAAUGCUUGGAGGAAUGUCGAUUGGACUUAUUCCGCUGCUUGACUUUGGAGAGAACAAAUCAAGUAGGGAAAUGUUUUUUGCAACAGUUCUUCUGCAGUAUGGAGCAUUUCUUUUUGGUUUGUGCCUUUCAAUAUUCAAAAGGUUUCACAUCAACUACAAAUUCAUCUUCAAUUUUGAUGUGUGCUCGUCCCUAACAUCUGAUAGAUAUCUACUAAUGGUAUCGGCUUUUAUAUUCAUUAACAUUGCUUGUACCUGGGCAAACAUUGUGUUUUUUCAUGUAAGCCCAUACUGGAUUCCAAUUGCCGGCUUUUUAGUGAUGCUUGUUCCAUUUCAGAUCCUCUAUCAUCAGUCGAGGUUUUACUUGGCAUCUGUAAUCUUCCGAAUACUGGUGCUGCCGAUGUCUCAUGUACGUUUCAGGCAUUUCUACUUUGCAGAUGUUGGACAGAGCUUCACAGUAUGCUUCAAGAAGAUAUUCUUGCAGGGAUAUGAUCUUGAUUGGAGGCUGGAUGGAGCAAUCAGCUCUUUCUUUGCAAUCGUAAGGCUUUCACAAUGCCUUAAGCGUUACAAGGACACAGGGUUGAAGUUUCCACACAUAGCAAAUGCGCUAAAAUACGCAUUGACCAUAGCCGUGGGAAUCACUGCUGCACUGUACGAAAAGAGCAAGACACAUGAUGCUCUUGUUCACAAAGCAAUGAGCAUGGCGAUUUCAUCCAUAUGCUCGAGCGCCUGGGAUAUCUUCAUGGACUGGGGCAUGAUCAGAGGCAAAAUGAUGUAUCCUAGGCAUGUAUAUGCUGCUGGUGUUGUUUUCAAUCUGGCAUGCCGGUUUUCGUGGCUUCUUUUGUACGCAUUCAGUAUUCCUGUGUUGUGGAUGCAGUUCCUUGAAAUAACCAGAAGAUUUGUGUGGACACUCUUCAGGGUUGAGUUUGAGCACCUGAACAAUUGCAGUGAGUUCAAAGCAAAGGGCUCAAUAUGGUUCACAUCAAAUGAGCUGUUCUACAGAAAGGACUACGAGGUUAACACAGAAAACACAGAAACUGAAAACGAAUCAAGCACAUACUAG